UGGACAACUAAACCUCACCGAACAAGUUUUCGAACGAUUCAAAUCAUAUCUUGACCAAAAGGUUUCCAAUUUAACCACCAAUCUUACUGCCAAGGCCGACAGCAGAUCUAAGCGUGUCGAGCGCCAAACUACAGGUCAACAACUAGAGCUUGUCGGCAAUAAGGAUCAGUUUCUUUUCAACGUCGAGUUACAAAACUCAAUCGAAGAAAGUACAGAGUUACUGCAACACCAAGACGUCGAAGGGGCUUUGGUAACGCUCGAAACGGCUCAGAAAUCUUUACAUCUUAGACAGAAGAAAAUAAAACUUGCUGACAAAAGCGACGCUGGGUGGUUAGCCGUAAAAGAAUACGAAGCUGAAGAUCUCGCAAGUGAUUCAGACGAUGAGAAACGUAUUAAGAAAGCCCAAGCGUCGGCAGUACGGAAGAAAGCUAAAUCUAGACAGGCAAAGCUUAUCAACCAGGCAUCCAGGAACGAAUUUGUUAACCGCUUUCCUGUUAAUAGCGACAGUCAGCUUUUUCGAGGUAACUCAUGCAUGGCCACAAUAGGUAUAAGUCUGUACGAAAGUAGCCCUUUCUUUGUAAUAUCAGCAUGGUAGGCAAGUGCUCACACGUCGCCUACCAUCUAUAUGUUGUGUGUGUAAUUGAUAUGGCGAAUGUAGAAGCAAAAUGUUUUUCCUUCGGGCGAACGCAGUGAGUAAAGAAGGAAAAUGAAUUUUCCUGCGGAAGUAGCGUAAUAACAAUGCAAAUUACUAUACGAAUUUGCAUAGCACUAUAAAUAUGAGUGAAAAUACGGUAGCGCCAUCACGUGUAGCACAGACAGCCUUCUUAGUUUUUUAGCCCAUACAGUAUACGAGUGUAAGAGUGUAUAAAUAAAUAGAUCAAAAUGCAUGUAUUUGCUCAGUUUUUGUUUUCAUGUUUUCUGGGUCUGAGACCGCCGGAUGGCGCAGGAGUGUUUUCAUUUAUUUACAUCUUAAUUUACUUGUAACAUCGCCGGAUGGCGAAUGACGUUGAAAGUGUUCAGCGUGUCCAGAAAUUGGCCGGAUGGCAAAUGAACUUGAAAAUAUUCGGAAGACGGCCGAAUAUGGCAUUUGAAGGUGAAAUUGUUAUUAUGUUAGCCGGAUGGCAAAUGUAACGGGAAUGCUUUUGGGAUUCUUUUCCAUUGGCUAGUUUAUAAGCUUUUGCGGCCCUAGUACUUGUGCAUCUAUGAUUACAUUAAUUGCCUUUGUUAACUCUUACUUUCUUUUUUCAGGAGUUAGCUAAUGCAACCACAUGGGGAGAUUUCCCCAUCGAGGAUAGAAAAGUUUUGAUACGUCAGGUUUUGCGAUCGAGAGCCUCAAGUACUGUCAAAAAGUACGUUCGCGAACAUCGCAAAUACAUCGAUUUUCUGGUACGUACCAGGGGGCCCACCACAUUACCUUCGGACAAGUUACACAUCGCUUCUUAUUUGGCUUCUGUAUCCCAGACCAAAAAUAGUUAUAAUGCAGUCUUGCAAGCAUUUUUUGGAAUCAAAUGGGUUCAUUCGUUACUCCCUACCGACGUGAAAGGCAAUCCAGCCGACACUACUCUGUCGGCCAACAUAGUGGAAGCUAGUAGAAGGGCUUUCACAAAACCGAGCAUAAAAAAGGAACCAAUUUCUACAUCGACUAUAACCAAAGUUUGUCAACAAUUCGCUGGACCAUCCUGUACUCUGAAGGGGUUAAUUUGGACAGCGCUAAUAUUUUCCUUGGGAUUUACAGGUUUAUUUAGGGUCAGCGAAUUAUUGAAUAUCAAGGCACAGGAUAUUGGGAUCCAAGCUGAACAUCUCGAGAUUGUGGUUCGAAAAUCCAAGACUGACCAAUAUCGACAAGGAAAUAUAGUUUAUAUAGCAAAAACUAACGGGCCAGCGUGCCCACAUUCUUUGCUUUUGCGUUUCUAUUCUCUCACAGGUACACAGCCACGUUCAAACGUGUACAUUUUUCGUUCGCUGUCAUCGCUGAAGAAAAGUACAUUAAAUGAAGCAGACAACAAAUCUUUCAGUUAUUCUCGAUGUCGUGAAAUUGUUAAAGAAACUCUGGCCGUUGUUGGCGAGGAUCCAGCUCAGUUUGGUACGCAUAGUCUGCGAUCUGGAGGUGCAACUGCAAUUGCCGAAUCCAUGAAAGGGAUACCAGGAGACGAUAGGCAGCUCAGACUCUAG